AUGGCUUUAUUCGAACUGCAGCAGGAAAACGGAAGGUUCUCGAAGGCUGAAGAUGGCGAGCGGGCAUCGGCGGCGGCUCGGGCUCGGAGGAGCGGCGGCGGCGGCUCUGUCCCUGUGCCUGUUGGCUUUCGCCUCGGCGUUGACGGCGAGCGUCGAGGCGGCGGAGGAGAAGGCGGCGGCCGAGGAGGAGGGGGGGGGGCCAUCGACACGUCGAAGUACCACUCGUACGACGAGCUGACGGCGCUGCUGAGGCGCUUGGCCGACGAGCACUCGUCGAUCGCCAGGCUCUUCAGCAUCGGCCGGAGCGUGCAGAACAGGUCGCUGUGGGUGAUGGAGAUCUCCAGCGCGCCGGGCCUGCGGGUGGCCGGGAAGCCCAAGUGCAAGUACGUGGGCAACAUGCACGGCGACGAGACGGUGUCCCGCCAGGUGCUGGUCUACCUGAUCGAGUACCUGCUCGGCCGCUACGGGCCGGACGAGCGGGUGAGCCGGCUGGUCAACGGCACCGACAUCUACAUCGUGCCCAGCCUGAACCCGGACGGCUUCGAGAAGUCGGUGGAGGGCGACUGCGACGGCGCGAGCGGCGGCCGCAACAACAGCGGCAACCGGGACCUGAACCGGAGCUUCCCCGAUCAGUUCGCCGGCGACCCCGAGGGGAAACCGGAGGACGUCCCCGAAGUGAAGGCGAUGAAGGAGUGGAUCAAAGAAAACAGGUUUGUUCUUUCUGGGAAUUUCCAUGGUGGCUCUGUGGUGGCCAGUUAUCCUUAUGAUGAUUCUGUAAAUCACGUGCUGAAUGGAUAUUACAGCAAGUCCCCCGACGACGAGGUGUUUAAAUACCUGGCAAAGAGCUACGCCUCCAAUCACCCAUUGAUGAAAACUGGCAAACCGAAUUGUGAUUCUUCUGAAUCUUUUGUCGAUGGGAUCACUAAUGGAGCUUAUUGGUAUGAUGUAUCUGGAGGAAUGCAAGACUACAAUUAUUUGCAGGGAAACUGCUUUGAGAUCACACUUGAACUUACUUGUUGUAAAUACCCACCCGCCAACACUCUUGCUGAGGAAUGGAAGAAUAACCGUGAAUCCCUUCUAACCCUGCUUGAAAAGGUUCAUAUUGGCAUUGCAGGAUUUGUCAACAAUGGUCAGCUUGGCCAAGGAAUUUCUAAUGCAGUCAUCGCAGUUGAUGGCAUUGAUCACAAUAUUACAACGGGUGACUUCGGCGACUUUCAUAGAUUGCUUGUACCAGGGGUCUACAACAUAUCUGCUGAUGCACCAGGCUACAUACCUGCCACUAUCAAUGUUGAAGUCCGUGAAGGCCCAGCCACGCAAGUUAAUUUUACACUUCAGCCCAUGGUGACUGCAGGAAAUCACCCUGUUGAGACUACAAUCACCGUGGCCACCUCCACCAUGUUUGGGAUAGAAACACCGACAACAAAAGACAAGUUGCAACCAAUACCCAAAGAGCCAGAGACUUCCAGGCACCACAACUAUGCCGACAUGGCGAUCUUCCUGAGGAAAUAUUCAACAGAAUAUCGAGAAAUCACACGCCUGUAUUCAGUUGGGAAAUCUGUGGAGAAACGGGAGUUAUAUGUCAUGGAAAUAUCUGACAAGCCCGGCAUUCAUGAAUUGGGUGAACCUGAAUUCAAAUACAUUGGAAAUAUGCAUGGGAAUGAGGUGUUGGGGCGCGAGCUCCUACUAAAUCUUAUCGAGUACCUCUGCAAAAAUUACGGAACUGAUCUCGAAGCCACCACUUUAGUGAAUAAUACCAGAAUCCAUAUCAUGCCUUCCAUGAAUCCUGAUGGAUAUGAAAUAUCAACAGAAGGGGAUAAGUCCAGUGUGAUAGGUAGAAACAACAGCAACAACUUUGAUCUCAAUCGCAACUUUCCUGACCAGUUUGUUAAUAUCACUGAUCCACGACAGCCAGAAACCAUAGCCGUGAUGAACUGGAUGAAUGAGAAUCCUUUUGUAUUGUCUGCCAACUUACAUGGCGGUUCGCUGGUUGUGAAUUACCCCUAUGAUGAUGCAGAGGGUAUUACACUGUACAGUAAGUGUCCGGAUGAUGCCAUCUUCAGACAGCUGGCAAUUUCGUUCUCAAAGGAAAAUAAGCAAAUGUAUGGAGGCCACCCAUGUACAGAUAUGUAUCCCAAUGAAUAUUUUAGUCAAGGAAUCACAAAUGGUGCACAAUGGUACACUGUACCAGGUGGCAUGCAGGACUGGAGUUACCUUCACACAAACUGUUUUGAAGUCACCAUUGAACUGGGCUGUUUUAAGUUCCCCCUUGCUGAGGAUCUACCAAAAUAUUGGAAGCAAAAUAAAAGGUCCCUCCUCCAGUUUAUGAAACAGGUCCACAAAGGUGUGAAAGGAUUUGUACUUGAUGGCUCAAACAGAAAGGGGAUUUUCAAUGCCACCAUCACUGUGGCUGAUGUGAACCACCCGAUCAAGUCAGCAAAGGACGGAGAUUAUUGGCGUCUACUCGUCCCUGGUGUCUACAAAAUCACAGCUUCAGCUCGCGGGUACCUCCCAAUGACAAAGAAUGUGACUGUAAAGGAUAGACAAGCUGUAGAAGUCAAUUUCACUCUUUCACGUGUUACGGAUUACAAAAUCAACAGUCACGUCGAAGUGUCCAUCAACUCCUCAGCAGGGUCGGAGGAGGAGUUUAACAAACUGGUAAAGAAUCUGUCCUCUAAGGAAGGAUUGAACAACUUGAUUUUAUCUUCACCCAUCAACCUCAAUCUGUAUCGCUACCAUGACUACAAAGACCUCUCGGAAGUUCUACGAGGCUUGCACAACAACUACCCAGGGAUUACAAAAUUGAGGCGACUGGGGCAGAGUGCAGAAUAUCGGCAGAUUUGGGCCCUGGAAAUCUCAAACAAACCCAAGGAGGUUGAGCUGGCAGAACCAAAGAUUAAGUUUAUUGCUGGAGUUCACGGCAACGCUCCUGCUGGUUCCGAGCUACUGCUUGCAUUUGCAGAGUUCCUUUGCAUUUUGUAUGAGAAAAAUAACGCCAUUACUAAGUUGAUCAAUGAGACGAAGAUUGUGAUUGUACCAUCAGUCAAUCCCGAUGGCAGAGAAAUUGCACAAGAAGGACGGUGCACGUCUAAAGUUGGACUAACAAAUGCACAUGGCAAGGAUUUGGACAAGGAUUUCAAAGGAAACUCUACAGAACAAUUAGCGGCCAUGCAACCUGAGACUAGAGUGAUUGUUGAAAACCUGAUCCUUAACCAAGGCUACACACUGUCUGUUGUUUUAGAUGGUGGCUCUCUCCUGGCUACUUACCCUUAUGAUAAGCCUGUGCAAACUGUGGAAAAUGAGGAAACAUUGAAAUAUUUGGCAACUGUGUAUUCUACCAACCACCCAAGAAUGCACUUGGGCCGUCCUGGCUGCCCUAAUAACACAGAAGAAAAUAUCCCUCAUGGUGUUCUGCGUGGGGCUCAGUGGCAUGGUCACAUGUUCAGCAUGAAGGAUUUCAGUGUCACUUAUGGCCACUGUCCUGAGAUCACAGUUUACACGAGCUGCUGUAAUUUCCCACCAUCAAAAGAUCUCCCUGCACUUUGGAAUGAGAACAAGAAAGCUUUACUCAGCAUGCUUGUUGAGGUUCAUAAAGGGGUGCGUGGAAAGGUUACUGACACAACUGGCAAACCCAUUCCGAAUGCAUUGAUUAUUCUGAAUGAUGGUAUUAAAGUACUGACUUCAGAGGGUGGCUACUUCCAUGUUCUGCUCGCUCCGGGACCUCACGACAUUGAUGCACUAGCAGAAGGAUACAAGCACCAACGCAAACAGGUAUUUGUGUCAUCAUACGAAUCAGCUAGCUCUUUGGUAAUAGUUGUUGAAGUGGACAACAAAUUGUUUGGUCUACCCAGAGAACUAGUUGUGACAGCAGCAGGUGCAUCAAUGUCAGCGAUUUUUGUGACCGCCUGCAUUGUAUGGUGCGUCUGCUCUAUUAAGUCAAACCACCAGAAGGAUGGCUUCCACCGCUUGAGGCAGCAUCGGGACGAGUACGAAGAUGAGAUCCGAAUGAUGUCCAUGGGCUCAAAGAAAUCCCUUCUCAGUAGCGAGUUCCAGGAUGAAACGGACAGUGACGAAGACACUUUAUAUGUUAAUAAACAUUAGCACAUCAAGUCCGUUCCAUUGGCUUGGCAAUAAUGAUCAUUACCUUUUGCCAAGAACACCUUCUGCUCCUGGCCUUGAAUUGAGCAAAACCUCCCAUGGAGAGGAAAUGCUUGAACUACUGUAACGACUCGAGUGGAAAUCUCCGGGUGUUGUUUCAGUGACAUUCACGAUUGCCCUUUUUGGAAGAGUAGAAUGUUGCGAGAUUGAGUGACAGCUCUCACCGUCACUUAAAUAUUGCACAUAUCCUAACCCGACAGUCGAUUUGCACUGUAGCUUAACGGUCAGCCAUGCAAAGAAUGUUAGAGUAACUACCACCUGAGCCUCUGUCUAUCAAGUACUGAAAAACUGUACCAUUAUUAAAAGCUGCAGGGUAACUUUGUUUUUAAUAUAUAGGAAAGCAAAAGAUGCACAAUUUCCUUUUUCUAACCUCCAGCCAUUUCGUAAUUCUCCUUUUGGAGGGUGAGCUGUAUUCUCUGCAAAUGUAGUUUUGAAAAGAAAUGGAGUGGAAGUGAAAUUGCACUUUUAAAGCUGUGGCAUUUUAAAGUGUAAUGCACUUCAAUCAAAGAUAUGCUGCAGCUUUGUUUGGUGUAAGAGUAUUACAGAGGUAAGGGGUGUGUGUGUGUUAGUGUGUCUGUUAUUCUCUCCCCCCCCCAUCCCCUUUCCCACUCCUCAUUAGAAAACUUCAGGAUUCUAGUGUUUAAAUGAGCAUUUUUUCUGCUUCAAUGCUCUGAAGUUGAUUCUAAUUCCAGAAACACCAGCAAUUUAAAAUUGCAGUGCAAAUCUACCCGAGCGCUGCUAAGUGUUGCAUCAUUCAAAACAAUGCAGGAGGUGAUUGUGAAGAAGUGAAUCCAGACCAUUUGUUCUUAAACGAUGCGUUUGCUUUCAUUUUUGUCACAAUGAACACUGGUACUGUGUACUGUUUUUUUUUUGAAUAAUGGCUUUUUGGGGGGAGGGGGAAUGGGGGAGAAAGGAUGACGAGAAUGGGCUAAUUAGACCUUCCUGGAAAUGGUAUCAUCUGCUCUUUCCUGGUCACUGAUAAUUAUUUUUUAAAAAUUAGCUUUGUUUUCUUAUAUAUAUAUAUAUAUAUAUAUAUAGGACGUUUUUCCACAACUGUCAUCCUUAUUUGCAACUUCAUAACAAAACUGCAGAAAUACCGAUUUGUAGACCAGCUUAAAAUCUACAUUUUAACUUUUUACUGUAAAAAUGAAGUACUGUUACACAGUGUAGAUAAGAGGUUGCUUUCAGGUGAAUAACGACAGAAGAGGUGGCUACUGAAAAGAGACUUCAACAUCUUACGUUUGAAGCACAUUUUUCAAAAUUUUUAUAGUCCUGCCAUUUGGCAUGUCGUUCUUUUCAAAAUACCGAGGCGAUGUGGGUGACAGUUCAUAUAAUAAUGGACUCUGCGUGUGUGCGAGAGUAUGUUUGCGUGAAUGUUUUGUUGCGUGCCACUGAAUGUAUACCUGGAUUGCCUAAAUACAGUAUGAUGAUCACCAGAAAUACAGCAUUGCCAAAAACACCUGAUUUUUUUUGUAUAUUAGUUUACUCAUUAAAUACUUUCUGCUGGAAUUUUAGCCCCAUUGUGGUGUUGGAGAAUUAUUUUAAAUAUUAUAAUCUUCACUCGUUCAUUUGUACUUUCUUUCGCACAGGAUUGUUUUGUCAAGAUUUGUGUAUUUAAUUCUAAAUACUGUGACUUUAACUGGAUAUCAGUGAAAAGGUUUGGCGUCUGAAAAUAAAUAUUUCAUCAAGCACA